AUGUCUGGAUCAAAUUCUUCUUUCUCUGCGGUUACGGAUACGGAUCAUCGAGGCUGGCUCUGGAUAACCGUCAUCACCUGCACAAUAAUCUGUCCUUUAUUAUUUCUUGGACGAGGGAUAGUACGGUAUAGGAGAUAUGGUCUUGAUGACCUUGCUGUUGUUCUUUCUUUUGUUUUUGUCAUGGCACAUUCAGCGCUCUUGAUGGGAUCGCUCAAACUAGGAUUUGGAGUAUUAUUGACACCUAGGACACAAGCAGGUAUUCUCAGAGCUGCAAAGCUGGUCUUCGCAAGCAGAAUCCUACUCUCUCUCAUCCUUGGAGCCUCCAAACUAUCAGCUUUGCUUCUUAUGCGCCGCCUCUUACCACCAAAUGGCGUUCGCACUUAUAUCUGCAAUACAGGCAUUGUGCUUGUCAUCAUCUGGGGUGUGAUGGCUGUCCUCACCACAAAUACGAAUUGCUCGCCUAGUCAUGUCUUACUAGAGAACAAGGAAAACAGCUGUCGAUACUUGGAUACUCGGAUUACUAUCACCAUGGCUUUGAGUUGUGCUACUGAGUUGGGAGUACUUGGUCUUGCUAUUGCCUUCUUCAAUCAGUUUCGAGUAGAGACACCACAGAGGAAGUGGAUCUUGAUGGCUUUUGUGUUGCGUGUACCAAACAUCGGACUAAGCAUCGCUUACCUCCUCGCCUACUGUCACUUCCUCUCCCAUGGCCUCUCUAGUAUCUCCUUCAUCCCCGUCGCCAUCCUCCAACAAGUCCUCGCCACCUACUCUUUCUUGUCCUCAGCCUCUACCGCCUUCUUCCCCUUCACCAUCCCCAUUCCCCUCUCCACCUCUCCCUAUUCCUCAGAUUCCCCACUCAAAACCCUUUCACGCAGUAAACUUGCCAGAAGAAUGUCUACACCUAUGUCAUUCUUCGGUGACAAGAUCAGAGGAGACAGAGAAGUGUUUUCGCAUAAAGCGAGGGUAUUUGCUGAUGUCAAGGGGGUUGCGAGAAGAGAAAGUGAAAGAAAAGUUAGACAGCAGAAUAGACAGAGGGAAAGGGUAAAGGGACAUAGAAGUGAAGAGAGUCAGGAGAGUUUGAAGGGGAUUGUUAGGGAAGAGACUUUUGAGGUGCAGGUCGUGUAG